AUGCUCGCGUGGCUCACCCUCCUCAUGGGCCUAUCCAUCAGUCUACUAUUCGGCGCGACCACUGCCUCAUCUGCCCAGUUCUUGAGCCCCGAGGCGCAGGCUAAUCGCACCGCACAUGGUCUGGUACCUGAUGUGUUCACCAAUUCGGUUCAGAUCAUCCUUGAGCGUUACUCGAUUGCGGACUUCUACUGGUCGUUGUAUCUAGGUCCUUAUGGUGUGAAGAUGAAUGCCUGCAAACCAGGAGACUUCAAGCUCGGCUCGCAGAUAGGUGAUUUCGACUACGAUCGCAACGACAUCAACAACCCCCCAAACCCACCCGCGACGGAGCUACCUGUUCCCGAGUGGAUGGGCCGCAAGGACUGCAACUGGAAGACCAACGGUCACGGUGAUGUCGGUCAGUUCGACUACUACGACUCCUCGGUCCAGAUCCUCCUCCUCCGAUCCUCCGGUACAGAGUACUAUUGGCAAAUGUACCAAGGCCCAGCCCUGGUAUCUGUGGAUCCUUGCGGCUACCCAGACCCCUUUAAGGUCGCGGAUUUUAAAGGCGUGUACCAUUACGGACGAGACGCGAUUGACAACCCUCCGCAAGCUCCUGCUAUGGAUCUCAAGUUAUUGAAGUGGAUGGACCAUGAUGAUUGCGUGUGGAGAACGCAAGGGCCAGAAAAUGCUACCGCCUUCGUCAACGGACGAGUAUACACCGUGGACGAUGCGCAACCAUGGGUUGAAGCCUUCAUCGUCAAUCCCGACGGCAAGUUUGAAGCUGUCGGCUCGAACGAGGAGAUCAGAACCAUUGCUAAAAGAAGAGGACUCGUUCAGUACCAACUACAAGAGAAAUUUGUCAUGCCCGGUAUCCACGACGCUCAUACUCACCUCUUAGCGGCUGGAUGCCAGCGCACUGGGGAAGCACACGUCGGCUGGGAUAGCACCGACAAGACCCUCGCCAGCAACAUCAAGUCAGCUUCCUGUGCCUGCGCUUUUUCAAAUGUCAUGGGCAACUGGAUUAUAGGCAACUUUUACCAGGCAAGCAACUUUGCCGAUGGCAUUCCCGACAGAAAAUACCUCGAUGAGCUGUACCCCGACGACCCCGUAAUCGUGCGCGAAAUAUCCUGCCAUCGAAUUCUCGUGAAUUCUGCUGGGUUGCGUGAGAUGGGUAUCGACGACGACGUCAAGGACCCGCCUGGGGGUUUCUUCUUUCGUCGAACUGAUGGCACACUCACCGGAGAGAUUGUCGAGGCUGCAACAACUCCAAUCUGGCGUGGUCUACCGCGCACACCACUCAGCUAUGCCAAGACUGUCAUCGAGUUUGCCAUGUCUGAAUGUCAUAGGUAUGGCAUUACAUCCGUGCAAGAGGCAUCGGCCAACACCGUCUAUCUGCACGCCGUGCGUGAGCUGGAAGCGGAGAAUCGCCUGCCUCUAAACAUACACACACACAUUGUUGCCGCACCGGAGAAAGCUCACGAGCGCGAGGAAUCACUGGCAGCUCUGCUCAAUGUUGCAGAAGCUUUUGAGAGCAAACAUGUUCACACGAGCUUUGUCAAGUUCUUCCUCGACGGCGCUCCGCUUCCUCCACAGUCCACCCAAUGCAAUUUGAACGACCAUGGAGCGCCCGAUGCUAAGCAUUUGCUGUUGAGCUACGACAAGCUACUCGAACAAGUUCUCAAAUACGAUGCUCGGAACAUGACAUGCAAGAUCCACGCCGCAGGCGAGGGAAGCUUGCGGCUUGCGCUGGACGCCUACGAGGCUGUGCGAAAGAACAACCCCAACGGUCCCAAGCACGAGGUUGCGCAUUGUAAUGCAGUCCAUCCAGAUGACAUCCCACGGAUCGCACGCCUGGGCCUUACCGCCGAAAUGUCCCCGGCAAUUUGGCACCAUCCCAUUGUGCAAGCAGCGCCCCAUCUGCUCAAGUGGCCCUUCAACGAUAUUCUGGCUACGGGCGCUCGUAUGACGAUUGGCACGGAUUGGAUCUUGACUCCCAACCCGAGUUUGUUCGAUCCACUUGCACACCUGGUGGAGAGACUUGAAGUGCCUGAAACACCAGCCCAUAAGGGAUUGAACAAAAGGCUGGUAGCCGCUGCAACGCUCUGCCGUAUGAUCACGUUGGGAGGUGCAGAAGCGGUGGGAAGAAGUCGCACGCAGGGCAGCAUUGAAGUUGGGAAGAUGGCAAACUUCAUUGCUGUUGACCAGGACUUGAGUCAGGGAGAGUUUGCUGGAGCUACAGUCUUGAAGACUUGGUUUGAGGGACGACAGGUGUAUAGUUCUGUGCCGGGCCAGUUGGGGUUGAAAUGUUGA